AUGACGAUAACAACGCGUCCUCAGCAUACGCCGAGAUACAGUACCUCCGCGGAGGUAUUCGCACCGUUAGUUGCAUCGCGUGCCCAAGCCUACUACUCCUUCAGUAGGGAUGACUUUGUGACGGAGUGGACAACCCGAUGUAGUUCACAGACACAAGGAAGAACGUUACCGUUUUGUUAUUUAAUGGGUCAGAAUGAGUGGUCGGGUUCAGUAAAAAUGCACGGUUGGAUGUGUAUUGAGGUGGGAAAAUGGUUGGUUGACGUUCUGUGGAAUAUGAUGGAACUUUCUGUCGGUGGUCCAGCUGGACCGAGGACUUUUUUUGUUGCUCUGUGCUAAGUUCUAAAAUUUUUAGAGAAACUCAACAAUCCUCAUACUCUUUUCAAAUGGAACUUAUACUUUUGCAGUUGUGACGGCG